GACGGCACCCUGCCCUGCAUCAGCUGCACCGGCAGCCUGGGGUGCGGCGGCUGCAAGGCGGGCUCCUUCAAGGCGCCCGACACCUAUGCGCAGUACAUCUACCGCCUGCCCUCCUCCACCCCCACCACCUGCUCUACCUGCGGCGUGUGCGAGGACAACAAGUGUUCCUCUCAGGGGUGCACCCAGUGCCUGGCCGGCGCCACGCCCAUGCUGGUUGCCGGUACCACGCAGCUGAAGGACCCGCAGUACUGCAUAACCGAGUACUGCGAUGAGGUGAUGCCUGGGAUGCCCCAGAAUCCCAACCUGUACAGCUACUACCCCGCCUGCGCAGCGGUGGAGGGACAGGCCCAGUGCUCGCCCACUGCCGGCUGCACCGCCUGCCCCUCAGGCUCGUUCCUGGUGCGGAACCCUCUGGUGCCCACGGCGGCACGGUGCCAGCGCUGCGAGGGCUGCCCCGCCUCGCUGUGCGGUACCGCCGGCUGCGCCUCCUGCCCCAUCAAGGGCCUGGGCACGCGCACCGAGGUGCUCAACGCCACCACCCCGGCCGGCGGCAAGGUGUAUGCGUGCAAGAACGCGACCGCAAGCGUGACGGCGUUCCGCGGCGCCGACGUGCUACCCCCGACCGCCACCUGGCCCGCCUCGGAGUUUGGUGGCUGCGGGGUCGACGAGAUGGGCGGCGUGGGUGACUUCAUGUUUCUGUGGUACAGCUCCAAGGGCGCGGGCGUGAGCUCCGACCCCAACGCCGACCUCACCAUCGCAUCAUGGUCCGCGCUGCCCGAUGAUGUGGCAGGCAGGGUGGCUGGCACCACCAACACCACCACCUCCCUGGCCUUCCAGUUCCUCACCUCCACGCGCGUGGUCAUCAAGCUGACCACCGCCGACGUGCGCACGAGGCAGGAGGUCACCCGUACCGUGUACCACGUGCUGCCCAAGGCGCAGGACCGGGUGUGCAUCACCUUUGGAAACUACGUGACCAGCGACGCAGAGGAUGCUGACAUGGCGGCGCAGGUCUCUGUAGUCAACACCAGCGGCAAGAAGGUGCUGCUGCGGCUGAGCGGCUACCGCUCGCUCACGCCGCGCGUGGACGCCACGUUCGGCGACACGCUCUUCCCAGGCGGCGGCGUGAGCGUGUUUGGGCGCAAUGGCGCGCUGCUGGCCAGCCCCGCGGCGGGCGUCAAGUGGGCCUCCCUCGCCGCUGAGAACCUGGUCAUACUGCCGAGCGAGGCAGAGUGGCCAGACCUCGUGUAG